UCUUGUGUGUCCAAAAUGCAUUGGAAUAAUUCAGCCAACUCCUCAGAAAGUGAUGCUGAAGCUCAUUCUGCCUUUACACAGACUGAGCACAACAUAGUAGCAGCUUACUUAAUAACAGCAGGAGUGAUAAGCAUUUUCAGUAACAUUGUUGUGUUAGGCAUCUUUGUGAAGUAUAAAGAGCUUCGGACAGCAACCAAUGCAAUUAUUAUCAACCUGGCUUUCACUGACAUUGGUGUUAGUGGCAUUGGCUACCCCAUGUCUGCUGCUUCAGACCUGCACGGAAGCUGGAAGUUUGGAUAUACUGGUUGCCAGAUCUAUGCUGCCUUAAAUAUAUUUUUUGGGAUGGCGAGUAUUGGUUUGCUCACUGUUGUUGCAGUUGACCGUUACCUGACGAUCUGCAGGCCUGAUAUAGGAAGAAGAAUGACUACACGUAACUAUGCUGCUCUAAUCCUGGCUGCAUGGAUCAAUGCAGUCUUUUGGGCGUCCAUGCCUACCGUAGGCUGGGCUGGCUAUGCUCCAGAUCCAACUGGAGCAACUUGCACAGUCAAUUGGAGGAAAAAUGAUAUGUCCUUUGUUUCCUACACAAUGAGUGUAAUUGCUGUUAAUUUUGUUGUACCCUUAACAGUCAUGUUUUACUGUUAUUACAAUGUUUCCCGGACAAUGAAACAAUACACCAGCAGUAACUGCCUGGAGAGCAUCAGCAUGGAUUGGUCUGACCAAGUAGAUGUAACAAAGAUGUCUGUUGUGAUGAUUGUAAUGUUUCUGGUGGCAUGGUCUCCUUAUUCCAUUGUGUGUUUAUGGUCUUCCUUUGGAGAUCCGAAGAAAAUUUCUCCUGCAAUGGCCAUCAUAGCUCCUUUAUUUGCAAAAUCCUCCACAUUCUAUAAUCCCUGCAUUUAUGUAAUUGCAAACAAAAAGUUUCGGAGAGCAAUCCUGGCAAUGGUGCGAUGUCAGACGAGACAAGAAAUAACUAUAAACAUUGCCUUGCCCAUGAGUGUUUCUCAAAGUGCACUGACAUCCUAGAACUGGUUUACUUUUCUGCUUAGAUUUUGUGGAAACAAAUUAAAUCUGGUUACAGUUAGUUUAUUUUUUGGAAUAACAACCUGCCUCUUCCAGUCAAUUGUUUCCUGUUAAUUGCUGAAGUAUUUUUUAGGUUAAAGAGAAAAAGAAAUAACAAAAACAAGCACUGCAACUUCAGUUUUCAAGAAUGAGGCCUAUUGGAUUGAUAUUUCUGGCACAAGCAAAAAAGGCCAUUGAAGUGUUCCAUGUGACUUGUGGGGUUGGACAAGGUGACAUCAGGGCAGGAAGAGACUGAAGUAGGAAGUGCUUAGGUUCAGUAACAGAUAUAGCACCUUUAAUUCCUCUUGCAAAUGACUUUCUCUCAAUUUCAAUUAAAAGUUGAAAAGUGGAUUUUCCCUGUAUGUGUGUAUUCAAUAUCAUGUGUCUGU